AUGAAGAUCGACUUUGUCUUCCUCGCCUCUCUUUGUGCCAACAGUGCACUGGUUUCUGCCCUGCCGGUCGAGGCAGAUGAGACUACUCUUCUUCUUCUGAGCGAUGGCACCACACAGACUAUCAACAAGGGAGACCUAGCUGCCAGUCUCCCUGGAGUUUCUCUGUCUCCGCCUGCUUCCCCUCCGAAGUUCAUUCAGACUGGAUCUAAUGAUUCCACACCCUCGAAGGGUCUGAGCAAGCGCGGUGGUGCCCAAUUCAUCAUCCCUCUUCCUGACCAGAAAUUCCUGGACUGGGACAUCGCAAUGUCUUCCAUCGUGCACGCCAACGAAGCCGAUGCCACUGUCUCUAUGGCAGCAGGCCAGUCCAUCGCAAACAGCAUCACGGUUGGUGUCUCGUACACAGCCACCGUGGAAAAGUGGCUUAGUGUCGGAAGCUCCAUCAGCUACGGCUGGACCGAAACAGCUACUCUCACCGGCACUGUUGCCAUGACAAUUCCGAAGAACAGAUGGGGUGCGAUUGUUAGCAACCCUUUGACCUACCGCCGAAGCGGAUACGUAUUCAACGGACAGCCCGGCAGUGGACACUUCGAAUACUUCCAGGCGGAUUCUCAUACCUCGAGUACUUUUAACUAUGGACAGAAUUCUUUGUCCUGGGUCGACGGUGUCAUUACGACUUGCCUGGGAAACUCAUACCCUCUGAAGCGCUGCGUCGGACAGGGUUACUUGGAAUAA